AUGCGGGAAAAAAGGCACCCCCCCUUGUUGGUGGUGUCGCUGGUAAUCCUAAUUUGCAUCUUAAGGAGUUCCCUCGAAUGCGUAAAUUUAACUCCUCGGAGGAGGAAGGCGGCCCCGGUCAGCAGCCCCAAACAGGUAAAGGCAAAGGAUCAGAGAAGGAGCAACCGAAUGAAGGGCGCCAAGUUUUACAUCCCCAGCUGUGGAGUGAUCCCAAAAAGGGGGAAGCGAACCAAUAAGGAGAUCUUCAAACUGCGUAGGGGCUGCGGCACGACGUGCUCCUACGAAUGGGUAGAGAGAGACGACGACGUAGAGGUGAAGAUCUGUCUGGCCCCGGAUGUCACUUCCGACGACAUUCAGUGCAGCUUAAGGAGCGACUACCUUUUUGCCAAGCUGAAAAACAAACCGCAGAGUCUCAUAGAGGGGAAGCUAAAGGGACAGGUAGACACAAACCAGUCGACGUGGUUCCUAGAAAAGGGUGAGGACUUCUCCCUUUUGAUGAUUCAUCUGAAGAAGAAGAAGGAUAGGGGGAUCAACGAAUGGGUAGGGGUCAUCGAAAAGGAAAACAUCCUUCACCUUUCAUAUGAUAAUGCAUCGUCAGGAGAAAACAACUUCAGCGCAUCUGCACAUGUGAACGCCCAACCGAAUGAGCUCCUCCUGAGAGAGGUAUUUCCCAAUGCCAAGGCGGACGACGUAUUCAGCUUCAUCCUCAAGUGGGCCAACACCAAAUCGAAUGGCCAAAACGAAUUUGGCAUCCCCAGGAUGAAAUUAAAAACGGUGGCCACGAAUGAUGAAGACCAAAUUGAAAUCAUCAUUACAGGGUUUGACUUAAAGUGGGAGGCGGAAGACAGCUUGGUAAUCAAAUUCAGCUCGCUGGAGAAUGGAGUCGAAGUGAAUGUCCACAGGGGGAAGGUGGCUAGUGGGGUUAGAGGCCUCCACGGAAAUAUGGUCAGUUUUUUGGUGAAGGAAUGCGAGCAGAGGGUACUGAAAAAGCUGCAACAUGACUUGAAGGGAGUUUUUUAUUUAAACCCGACUUCGAAAAAGGCAGAGAUGCUCAUGCAUAGACGCGCUCCCCAGACGAACUACGACUACGUGUCGAGUGGGGGCGCGGGCCCGCAGCACAUCUCCGUGAAUAGGGAAGAGCUGAGCGGAAAGCCCACAAAGGGGGGCAGUGCCAACGGGGCAGACCACGGAGCGGCACACGCAGCGGCACAUAUGGAGAAGGGCACAAACACGCAGAAUGCCGCAAACACGCAGAACGCCACGCACAUAAGGAAGGACUCCCCGCAGGAAGAACUAAUCGUCGAAGAACUGAAGCUCCACUCGAAAGUUAACCUAACCUGUGAGGACAAAUCCAAGGAGCCCGAAUUUAUGAAGCACUGGUCGGAGGAGAAAAAAGUAGAGUUCAGGAGGAACUCCGUUUUGCAACUGAAAAAGAAUUUAGAAAUGUCGCAGGAGAAUAAACUCACCAUGAAGAUGGAGGACUACGUCAGCUACAUGAAGGUGUCGUUUGAUCUGUCUGAUGAGGAGGCCAAGCUGGUGUGGAGGAAGGGCAUGGCUAAAUCGGACGAGCAGAAGAGCAAAGAGCGCUUUUACAGAUUCGUGGAAGUGGAGAGGCUCACCGACCGGAUAGGGGUGGCCGUUCCGGGGGGAGCGGCCAACCCAGCCGCGAAUAGCCUCGGGGAGGAGGACUCCCCUUCCUACUGCCACGCGGAGGAAAAUCCCCACGUCGUUGACUUAACUAGGAAGGAAAGGCUCCACGAGGGGGAACGCACAGCGGAUGGGGAGGAUCACACAACAGAUGGGCAGGAUCGCACAACGGGUGGGGAGGCCAACCGAAGCGACAUCAACCGGCGCUUCUUCAACUGCCUGGAGGAGGAGCUGCUCGACCCGGAAGACAAACCCAAACUGACGUUGCACGAAAUGUACAUCAAAAGUGACCAGAGGGAAAAACAAAAAAUGAGAGAAAAAUGGAAAUUGAAUGAACUAAGGUUAAACACGCUGAUUAGCGAAUUGGCCUACGCAGAAGAAGAUAUGAUCCCCACCAUCUGCAAUAACUACCGGGAUGUACUCCUCAGCGAUGAGUAUGCCUGCCUCAUGCGAAUUAGACUGCUCGAAGCUCCCCCAAAAAAUGCAGAAGAAAAAAGAAUCCUUAAAAUUGUUAACUCCUUCGCAUUAAGUCUCUACGAUGAUAUAAAAAUUAUUAUGGAGCAUGAGGAAAGGGAGCACUUGAAAAAAAUACAACUGAUUUGCGAAAAGGCUAUCCACGAUGAGAAGGGACUUAAUGAGUUUAUAGAAUCUAUGAAGCCACUUCUAGAUUACUCAUUCCUUGGUUAUAUAAAACAUGCCAUACGGAUGGAGAAGCGCAAAAUCAAAAUGGAAAGAAAGGACUUCAGAGAGCAACCAUCCGACUGGCUAAUCAUCCUGAUGAUUAUUCAAAAGGGGAUCUACUCCAUUUUGGAAAAAGACAUAUGGGAAGACGUCAUCAACAUCACGACCAUCAUCUGCCAGGAACAACCCUCCGUACGUAAGACCAUGCUCACCACCAUGGUUGCCUCCAUGCCCAAGGCCGACUGGAUCUUUUUCAAGGACGUCAUUAAAACGAUUUAUAAGAGUGUGCAGGAGAGAAAACUCACGGCCAACCAUUUCCCCGAAUUCCCCCACAUCCCGGAGGCCAUUUUCCAGCUGAACUACGACGUUGAGAGAAUUCUGCCUGACUGGUUCAUACGGCAAAUGCUCGACGAAUACGACAAGUCCGUCGUGGAAUUGAUGAAAUCUAGGAAGCCGCUCUUCUGGAAGAUGAAGGAGACCAACUGGGACAAGACCUUCGUCGACCAGUUCAAGCGCCUCCAGGUGCAGCAGUUCCAGCGCCACGCGGCGGGGGCAGCGCCAGCCGAUUAG